UUGUGUGUAUCAGCUGAUACCGGAAAUUAUGGCGAUAUGGAACGUGUAGUGGAGAUGCCGAACAACGGUGGUGAGAGUUUCUCCCUGGCCGGCCCAUCCACCACCCCCCGCAAGCGACAGGUGCGUUUUUCCGCCCGCCACGACAUCCUCCUCCUCCGCGAGGUGAUCGCGCAGAACCCCUUCUGUUCCAAGGAGUCAGGUCGUAUCUGGGCCCGCGUCGGGGAGAUCAUCACCGCUGCCCUGCAGGAUGAGAACUUUGAGGUGGAUGCCAGGAGGUGCAGGGAGAGGACCAUGCUGCUACUGGACUACUACAAGAAACAGGACUUCCCCAGCCUGCGCAGAUUUGGAACCGACAGACUGUAUGCCCAGAAGGAGGACCUGCUACACGAGGUGCUGGAGCUGGAAGCAGAGAAGGGUCUCCUAGCCAGUGGGGAGAGCACCAAGUACCAGGAGGAGGAACUGAGGAAGAGAGCCCUGGAGGAGCUGUCUGCACCUGAGCAGGACAAACCCAACAUCAUCUCUAUGCAAGCAGUGCCACCCCCUGAUCUCCACCACGGCCCUCCUCCCCCCUCCUCCCUCGCUGCCGUCCCCGCCACCCCGGAGCCCGAGGAGGAGCAGGAGGAGCUGGCCGAGCUGGCCGACCUGUCCUCCGCCCCCAUGGCCAAGCGGCCGUGCCAGUGCUGCUGCCAGACCUACUCCGAGAUCCUCAGCUUCCUGGAGAAGCGCUACGAGGCGGAGCAACGCCUGCGGGAGGAGGAGCUGUCCCUGAGGAGGGAGGAGCUGGAGGUCCAGCGGAGCAAGAUCGCCCUGGAGCGCGAGCGCCUGGGCGCCGACAGGAAGGAGAGGGAGCGGAGGUUCGAGCUGGAGAGCCAGGAGAGGCAGGUUAUCCUGGACCUGCUGAAGGAGAAGGUGCUCAAGAGCUGAGGGGGGGGGGUGGGGGGGGGUGACGAGCCCCUCAGAGACUGUUCAGGAACUAUGGGACACCUUCAUACACUGUCCACAGGCGUACGGGUGGCUGUCGAAUAAUUCUCUAAUGUGCUUAACUUGCUGUUUCUGUGACGAGAUGUUUUUGUCAAAAGGCUCUCCAUGCAAAGUGAUCUCCCACUGGUCUGUAAUAGUUUAGUCAGUUCAUGUUUGUAAAUAAUUGGUAUUCACUGGGAAAAAUAUGCAGAGUAGAAACUUGACUACAGAAUAUGAUCACAAGGCCAAUUUAUUUGACAAGUCAAUUGUGUACCAUAUGAUACACGUUUUUUAUUCUACAAAAUGUACCCCAAUCAUUUUAACAAGAAACAUAUGAACUGGUAUUGUAAGUAUUCUAUUAAAUAGUAGAUUUAUUAGGCAAUAUACUACAUUAGUAUGCAACUAAGUAUG